UACAGUUUUCAGAACGACGCGUUAUCCCCUGGCAAAUGGCAAAACUAUGCAUGAGGAGGGAUGCUCUGGUUUCGACGUUACGGGAAUUAAUCAGUCAGUUUGUGCCAGAAUUCUUCGAUCAUGCACUGAUUCAGCGAUGCUGGGGUUCUGUUGAGACUAUAAGUAAGGUCCUCAUCAAAGUCCGUGAGCAAAACGAGGAGGUCCAGCGAAAAGAGUCAGAUCCAAACGUCCCUACCAUCGUACACAUUGUCAGGGAGGUCCCAAGUGACGGCUACCUGGACUUCCACCAGAUUACACAACUGAGUAAACCCAUUGCACAGUGUCGAUCGUGUCGUAGAGAGGAACGUUACCCGGAUGUUGAUGAUGCACUGGCCCACCUACGGCAAGCUCAUACGAAGUUUCGUACAGAGACCGGAGCACCUGCAAACGGACAGCUUGCUCAUUGGCUAGUCUCAUCUUCUGUACAGGGGAUGGAACGCAGCAACGAGCGGCUACUCGAGUUCGUCAAGGUCCUCCAGCAAUGCACCAGGAAACUGCUUUCCAAAGCAAUCGAAAUACGAAGCAGCGUGACGGGCAAAGACAAUCGGAAAGGUAACAAAUAUCUGCUCCCGACCGCUCUAGUCAAGGCUGCCGAGAAGAUCUUCCAGUACAUCUACUACUCCGCGUACAGUAUUGAAGAAUGGCAUAAACGAGGACUCGCACCCGCCGCCCCAAGUACUUUACCACCCUUAUUGGCGGAUCGAACAGAUGUUACUGGUGCGGAAUACUUUGCCAAAAUUGCUGAUAUCGCCAUGUCCAAUGCCCGAGAUGAACUGAUGCUUAUGACACAUACCGGAGAGAGUCGAGAUCCCGUCUUGCACAUUCGCACUACCCCAGAAAGUAAUGUUCUUGUGUCACUCUUCUGUCUCAUGACUCGACCCAUACUGGAAGGACUCGAGAUUGACAAGCUCUACCGAGAGCAUCUGGUGCGCUUACGUUAUGAAGCCAGUCGGAAGCCUACGAAGCGCAUCCUCCGCGAGGUUUAUCUAUUGAAAGAUGAGAUGGAGGUCGUUGUUUCCGUGGUAAAACAGCAGAAGAAUACCAUACGUGCUUUUGGAGAGGUCCUCGAUAGUGAUUCUUUUCGAAUCACAAACCAGGUUCGCAUCGAAGCAUGGAGAACUCUUGAAAAUCCGUCGGUCAAAGGAUUCCUGAAAACCUACGAUUCCGCGUUGAAAAAAGAGAUCCAAGCCCUCUACAAAGAGGCUGACAAGCUUGCCGAAUCUCUUCGACACAACAUCGCCAUUGCUGAGGAAGGCAACUCGAAAGCUAUCCUGAUUUUCACGUUAGUGACGAUUGUGUUUUUGCCUCUGUCGUUUGUCUCCUCUGUAUUUGGGAUGAACACUGUCGACGUCCGAGACAUGGCUAGCACACAGACGCUCUUUUGGGCGGUCGCACUUCCAGUAACUGCAGUUGUUGGUGGUUUGUCCCUGCUGGCUGCGUAUGGCGGCCCGUCAUUGCAGCGACACAUACAAAACUUGAAAAAGAUAAAGAUCGAGGUUCAGUUCUUCACCUUCAAGAGGCAACGCUCAGAUGACGAGGAACGACCACGUCUUGACCACGAGGAAAAGACUCGCCAGGUACGAAAGAGUGAUGGUCGAAGGAAAAGAGGCUUCGUUGAAGUUACAAAGCGAGAGAUUUUGCUUGGGAGGGAAACAAACAAGCAGUUACCGACACGCCCCACGAGAAACGUCACUUUGGGAGAUAUGUUCUUUCGUUAGUCAAUGUACAUAGAGGAAGAGAUGAGAGAAAAG